AUGUUCGAAGUGUCACUUCUCUUUUACUUUCUUCCCUUUCUUUUCAUCUUCUUCAAACUACUUCUUACCGAUUCCGAUGAAAACUCACAACCCAAAUCAUACCCGUUCAUCGGCAAUUAUCUCUCCAUCUACGCCAAUAGCCACCGUCUUACACAGUGGACCUCCGACGCUAUCCACAACUCCCCCAGCUUCACCUUCGUGGUCCGCCGUCCUUUCGGUCAAAAACGUGUGCUCACCGGAAACCCCGCAAACGUUCAGCAUAUCCUCAAGACUAAAUUCUCAACAUACCAAAAAGGUGAUAUUUUCCGGUCAACUCUCUUCGAUCUGCUCGGAGAUGGAAUCUUUAACGUCGAUGGUGACGAAUGGAAGUUCCAGAGACAGCUUUCCAGCCAUGAAUUUAACACAAAGUCUCUUCGCCAUUUCGUCGAACAUGUGGUCGAUGAUGAACUUAACAAUCGUUUAAUCCCAAUAUUAACCACCGCUGCUGCUAAUGAUACUGUUCUUGAUCUCCAAGACAUUCUUCAAAGAUUUGCGCUUGAUAAUAUUUGCAGAAUCGCCUUUGGGUAUGAUCCUGCUUACUUAACCCCGUCGCUGCCACAAGCUAAAUUUGCAGUUGCUUUCGAAGACGCUGUUCGUAUUAGCAGUGAGAGAUUCCGUACGAUUACGCCAUUGUUUUGGAAGUUCAAAAGGUUUUUAAACAUCGGAUCGGAGAAACGACUUAAAGAAGCAGUUGCCGAGAUUCGUCGGUUUACCACGAAAAUAUUGAACGAAAAGAAACAAGAACUCACGACCGAACCCGUUGAUUUGUUAUCACGAUUUCUGAACUCGGGUCAUUUGGAUGAGAACCUUGUAACGGAUAUUGUAAUCAGCUUCAUACUCGCCGGAAGAGACACAACCUCGGCGGCUUUGACGUGGUUCUUCUGGUUACUUUACAAGAACCCGGCGAUCGAAAGUGAAGUUGUGAAAGAAGUCAAAGAGAAAUCAGAUUCCCCCAUUUACGAUGAAGUGAAGGAUAUGGUUUACACUCAUGCUAGUCUCUGUGAAAGCAUGAGGCUCUACCCGCCGGUUCCGGUGGACUCGAAGCUGGCGAACGCCGACGACGUUUUGCCGGACGGGACCGUCGUGAAGAAAGGUAUGAUGGUGAGUUAUCAUCCGUAUGCAAUGGGAAGAAUGGAAAGCAUUUGGGGGGAAAAUUGGAUGGAAUUCCGACCGGAGAGAUGGUUGGAAAAGGAUGAUACGGCGGAGAAGAUGAAGUUUAGGGCGAGGGAUCCGUAUGUAUAUCCAGUAUUUCAGGCGGGUCCGAGGAUUUGUCUGGGGAAGGAUAUGGCGUUUUUGCAGAUGAAGCGAGUGGUGGCAGGCGUUUUACGGCAGUUUAUGGUGGUUCCUGCGGUGGAUGAUGGUAGUGAGCCAGUUUUUGUGGCGGCUUUGACCUCCAAAAUGAAAGGUGGGUUUCCGGUCAAGAUUAAGGAACGAAAAGGAUGA